AUGACGGACAGGGUUCGACGCAACGGCCAGCUCUCCUCGUGUGAGCCCUGCCGCAAGUCUAAGCUUCGAUGCGACCACAAAAGACCCAUUUGCGGGAGGUGCGCCCGUCGCCGUCUGUCGGAACAGCAAUGCCACUACCAUCCAGCUCCGAUGGCGAAACAGCUCACGCCCCUGAGCGAAAAAGGAUUACCUUCUCAGCGGCAAGCUACAGAUUCCAUGACGGCAGCCUCCAGUCCUGUUACAGGGAGCUUUCGCUCUUACGAACCCGUGAAUAUGAAUGGCAAUUUAUUGUGCUUUGCUGACCCAAACACUGCCACCGCGCCGCGGCCAUAUAUAUCCCUAACAACGUCUGGCGUGACCACGCCUCAGCUCUUCGAGCCAAACAUAGAUAUGAUCGCUGAGGGGGCUAAGCUGUUAGAUGAUAUUCUGGGGCUUAUAACGGAAAUUGGAGAGCCGCUUGAAAGUCUCUCCACCGACGAUAAUUGUUGCUCUUUCCAUGGACCACUUGUCGAGGCAUCAUGGAAAGCGACUGACAGCAGCAUGAGAAGCUUGAUCGAUGAUCGUUCUGUUGCUACCUUGCAAUCGGUAUCUCGGGCAAUAUUCGAGCGAACGUCUUUGCCCCCAUUCUUUCCUCCUACUGCAGCUGACGGUGCCUUGGGCGCUGCUUUUGCCUCACAGGCCUUGCGCUGGGAUCUGAUCGGCUUAUACUGUGCGCAGAUCGGUGUGUAUCUUGGCGGAGAAAGAGACAAGUCUUUCAAUCCCAUGAUCCACAAGACGUGGAAAUCAGACCGAAAAACCUUGAUGCAAAAGACCUUCCAAAUGUGCUUGCAGUGUGAAUCAUUUUGCAACGUCGUUGGCUCUGUCAACGAUUUUGCAAUAUGGUUUCUCACAAUGACGAUGCUGUAUGCUACGUGGUGCUUUGGCGAUGACUCCUACCAUGUAAUGCGGCUGAUGGGUAGCAUCUCGUCCGUUUUCUUCGCCAUGGGCUUUCACAAGGGCUGUCAGAACGAUGGAUCUAUACCGUUUUACAUGGUUGAAAUUAGAAAGAGAAUAAUUGGUUGGGUGCACGAUCACGACAAGGUCCAAGCUACCUUCACUUCGCGACCGGUUCAUCUAAGCCGUCACUUUUGUACAAUAGAAAUGCCCCUUGAUGUACCAGACUCUGUCCUUACGGACACCACUGAGACCUUCCUCAGAGCUUGCGAAGAUUUGGAUGAGAAUGGCUGGAAUACACAAAAGGCCGUAUUACCUGUUUCUCGUCAGCGAGUCCAAAUAAUGCUCUGUGUGAUCCGUGAAGAGACUUUGGAGCUUAGGAUGGGGUCUGCUGCCCCCGAUAUUGAAGUUAAAGCAGCGCGCGUUCUGCGAAAGUUGAAGUCGACCUGGCAGUCAAUACCACCCCACAUGAGGUUUGAGACAAUGCAGCGGAAACUAGAUCAGAAAGAUGAUGUGUCUAUACACAGCCUGCGAUUGGAGUACCUGUACACGGAAUUUCUCCUGUAUACUCUGCUUGCUAAUUCCGGCGGGGAUGCUCGUGUAAAUCUUAUCAAAGUUGCACACGAGGUGCUCAACCUGGUUCUCUUACCGACAAGAAAGAGAGACUUGUUACAAAGCAAUAGAGCAAAUAUGGAAUGGACUCUCGUAUUUUACGCUAUGCCUUGCGCAAGCGUGUUGAUCAUAGAGCUCAUGCGACACAAACGGCACCCCGAAGAGCAGCCAAUCACGAAUCGAAGUGGCAUUAUCCAAGAUAUCAGUGUCUUAAUCUCGUGUUGCGAUUCUUUGACAGAGACCGGACAAAGUAAUUAUCAAAUCUGCAAGCAGGCCCAGUCGAUCUUUUCCAGAAGCCUUGAUUCGAUUCUCAACCACUCGGAAUUGUCUCAGGCGAGCGCUGGACACCCAUCAAUGAACCAUCACGAGUACCCGGAGCAAAGCCGGCAAGAGCGGAUGAGUUCUGUGAGCUCCGAGCCACCCAAUGUAGUUAUUCAAGACCCUGAGUGGACGGCAUGGCUGGACUCAAUAGGCUUGCAGGGAGACCCGUGGUUUGACUCGAUAAUCCCGACUCUGGAGCUUCCCACGAAUGAAAUUUGA